GUGUACAGCAGAUGAGUUGCUUCAUUUUCAACAGCGAACGAUAAACGGAGUAUAGUGACAAAUAAAUCGCUAGCACAAAAAGUGAUAUAUCAGCAAGCAAUAUCAUUGUUUCAAAUUUGGAUUUUAUGUGCAAGAUGACAUUUGAGGAACUAAGUGGGGAAUAUUCUACAGAAAGGAUGGAUACAGUGACAAAAGCCUUGGAAGAGGUUCUCUCAUCAGCAUUACCCCAAGGAUGCAUAACAGUAGGGGUCUAUGAAGCAGCUAAAUCAUUGAAUGUAGAUCCAGAUAAUGUGGUUCUGUGCAUCCUGGCUACAGAUGACGAGGAUGUAAAGGACGUGGCCCUUCAGAUCCACUUCACCCUGAUCCAGGCAUUCUGCUGUGAGAAUGACAUCAACAUCCUGCGAGUGAACAACACCAGGCGUCUGGCAGAGAUCCUUGGAGGGGGAGGGAAACAAGGGGGAGAGCCCAUGGACCUGCACUGUGUCCUGGUCACUAGCCCACACUCCUCGUCCUGGAAAGACCCAGCCCUGAGCAAAGUGAACCGCUUCUGCAGGGAGAGCCGCUGCAUGGACCAGUGGGUGCCCAUCAUCAACCUCCCAGAGCGCUGAAGGGUCUCCCCCCCCACCCCCCAACAGCAAGGCCUGCGAAGUACUCUCUCUGAACAGGAGUAGUGUAAUCCCUGAUGGACACACUACCCUGGGGAAAUUCCUGAUGGAGGAAAAACAAGAUAAACGACCACAAAAUAAGGCAUUUCGAGAAGAAAAAAAGAUCAGACCCUGCCAUCUAGAUGGGAUACAAAAGAGGAUGGUUUCCACUGGGCUGGUGGAGUUAAACUCUCGGCUAUGGCAGUCGAGGCGAGAUGAGGCACAUUUUAUGUUCGGUCACGAGACCGAAACCGACGUCUGUGCUUUUUAACAGAAGAUGGACACACUGUACAGAAGGAUAAAAGCAUGUAUGGCAGAGCACUUCACCUUGUGGGGACUUUAAAGAGGGAAUAGCAACAAAAAUAGGCACUGUUGUUAAGAGGACCAUGGCCUUGGCGUCUCUCUGCAGAAACAGAGCACUUGUAGAAACACUGGACUUUUGCAAUUUCAUUUUUUAUUCACACUGUUGAUGUUGUCAUUACUUUUGUUUUGUAAUUAUUUAAAAAGGGAAGGGCUAAAUAUCUAAUGAAUAUUCAAGAUACUAUGCAUUCAGUCAGUGUUUCCAAUGCCAAAUGUUUUUUACUCAAGUGAAAAGUUCUUUUUUUUUUUUUACAGUUAAGUUAUUUCUUAUGAUAUUUAAAUGUAUUUAUAUUAGCAAUUUUUUACCAUUAUCUAUAUGAAAUUCUCUGCAAAAGCACAAAUGUAUUAUUGUGGUCAAUAAAACAUAUUUUUGGAGCCAUUA